UUUAUAAAUGGCUCAACGACUCCAGAUCGCUUGCUUUGCGCUGUCGCAGGACGGGAGGUUGGUCGCGACGGCGAGUAGUAAGGGGACCCUGGUCAGGGUUUUUAGCGCCGUCGAUGGGACGCUGCUCCAGGAGGUGAGGAGAGGUGCUGACCGAGCAGAGAUAUAUAGCUUGGCUUUCUCAGAGAACAUGAAGUGGCUGGCUGUUUCAAGUGACAAAGGAACUGUCCAUGUGUUCAACCUCAAAGUUAAUUUGGGCUUGACAGGAAAUGACCAGCCUCGGCCUGCACCAGAGUCAAACACUCCAGCUGCGGCUUCAUCCUUGACCUUUAUUAAAGGUGUGUUGCCAAAAUUUUUUAAUUCAGAAUGGUCAGUGGCGCAAUUCCGAUUGCAUGAAGGUACUCAUUACAUUGUCGCUUUUGGCCAUCAGAAGAAUACUGUUGUUAUCCUAGGGAUGGAUGGAAGCUUCCACAGGUGUGUAUUUGAUCCAGCCAGUGGCGGAGAGAUGAAGCAGUUGGAAUGCUACAGUUUCUUGAAACCCGACGAAACCUCAUAAUACAACUGGCAAAUGGUUUAUUUCCUUAUAUAGAUACUGGUAAGAUUGUAAAUCACGAAAUAGGCACUUCACUUGUUCAGGAACUGAAUAAGGUGUAAAUAUGCUAUAGCUUGCUUGCUAAUAUAAAUGUUUAUAAUUAUAUGCUACAACUUGCAGAUAUUAAUGUUUGGACCUUUGUAGAUUCUCCUUGUGCAUACCAAAUGAAAUCGAUGUAAAUUUGAAUAUCUCAACCUAUAGUACGAGCAAAUGGCUUGUUUCUUGAUUGAA